GCGCACUAUGCUCUCAUGCUCAGAAGCCGCUUGAACUGAACAGUGACAGCGCCACGGUCUAUGAUGGUUCGUGCGAAGAUCCCGGAGAACAGGGCUCGGCAGAUCGUGAUCCACGAUGCGGUCAACAACACCUUUGAACUGGACGAGAAUGUGUUACGACGUAUUCUGUUACAAGAUGGUGUAAGGGACAAGCCUGUUGCGGUAAUUCCCGUGGUGGGAGCCUUGCGGAAAGGAAAGUCCUUUAUGCUCAACUUUUUCCUCAGAUACAUGAAGCAUCUUCAAGUACAUGCACAAUGUUCAAGCAAGUGUGCAGACUGGCUCGAAGAUCCUGAUGCGCCAUUGAAGGGAUUUUCAUGGCGCGCUGGUAUGAGAGGGGACACAUCGGGUAUCCUCAUGUGGGACGAAGUGUUCACGGUUACAACAUCUGAGGGCAAGCAGGUGGCUGUCGUCUUCAUGGACACAGAGGGCGUCUUUGACCGUGGUGCAACAAUGAAGGAGUGCACUACCAUUUUUGCUCUCAGCACCCUGAUUAGUUCCACCCUGGUGUACAACAUCUCCCAGAUGUUACAAGAAAACGUCCUCCAAUUUCUGCAGUUUUUCACAGAGUACGGGCGUCUUGCAGCAGGGAACACGUCCGAGAAGCCUUUCGACAAGCUUACGUUUCUUGUGCGCGACUGGAGCUCCCCCUUCGAUGCUCCGUACGGUGCGGAAGGCGGAAGGGCCGUUCUGAACGAAUGGCUAAACGUUUCGGAGCAGCAACAUGAAGAUGGGCGACAAAUCCGCGAGCACAUCCGAUCCUGCUUCUCAGAGGUGGAUUGCUUCCUUAUGCCUCAUCCUGGACUCAAGGUGGCUACUUCAGCUGAGUUUGACGGACGCUCAUCUGAUAUCGGCAGAGACUUUAUAGUUCAGCUAAAUGACCUGGUACCUAGGCUCCUCGCUCCAGACAACCUCGUGGUGAAAAAGAUCAAUGGCACAGAAGUUACCUGUGAGGCGCUGCUAAAGUACAUCAAGGCUUACACGAACACUUUUGUGAUGGAUAAACUUCCAGAGCCCAGGUCUAUAUUGCAGGCAGCAGCAGAAGUGUAUUACUCGGAGGCUGUCGCGACAGAGAUAAAACAGUAUAACAGUGAUAUGGAUGAGAUUUGUGGCAAGGAGGAAGGCAUGAAGGUCCGUGUACUCAGCGAGCAUCACCUGCGCUUGAAGAGCUCUGCAGAGAUGCGCUUUCUGGGCAUUCCUAGCAUUGGUGGAGACGACUGCAAGAAGCGUUUUCUUGAGAAACUCAUGCAGGGAAUCGACACUCAAUACAAGAUGUAUGCCGAGAGCAAUAAAAGCAGACAAGCGGCAGCACGAUCCAAACGGAAGUACAAGAUCUACAAAGGAAUAGCAAUCGCAUCAACACUAGCGCUUGGAGCGGCUGGUGGCGCAGUCCUGGCUUCUGGGACCACCCGUGCAGCUAUCGCAGGCGUUGCCGAAAUUUCCUCGAAUGGCGCUCUCCGUGCGGGUCUUCUUGCAGUCGUCGGUUGUGCAAGGGCAACUACCCCGUAGAUGUAGAAUUUUACUUGAAAGACCCGAAGGGUUGGAAGGCACCUUGCGGUACCUCUGCACACUGAAUAAAGGGACAAACACAACA